AUGUCUCUGUUAAACGGCACUAAGAUAUCAUUAACAAAAGCUUUUAACAACUUUCAGAAGGUGCUAUUGGCUCUAUUGGUCGUGUGCCUCAAAGGUUUCGCUCUCGCAGAGAGGAGGGCAGUAACCACCCCAACCGUGUGUGAGGAGAAGCUGAAAACACUGACGCAGAAAGUAGAUAUCUUACUGCGUCAGCUUCAGCUCCAGCAGAUGUUCAUAGCGGAACGCACACGAACGGACGGAGGAUCAGGAAUAAAACAGGCGAGAUGGGGCGCCAUUGGAACAAGACCAUAUCAUACGUCAAGUCACAACAUGAAUUGGAUAGCAGGAGGUAUUUUCCCACAUUCCCAAGCAAGGGACUAUUUCGUCACGUCAGGCACAAGUGCCGUGUUAAACGGAGUUGAGUUUCGCAUGGCUGGCCAAGGACUGAUGAUGUACAGGCCUGGCCAAACGUUCAAAAGUCCACGCCGAAGACUGCCUCUGCCGGCAGUGCCACCACAGGUCUUAGCUAAGAAAACUGUGCCAGAGCAGGUCGCCGAGAUGAAAGAAUGGUUCAAAGCUUGGAGGGACCAGAACUACAAAGUGCGGGAUUACAGAAAGUACUUCAAGCCUGUUCUUUGCUACCUUGAAGGCAAAUGGCUGAAAAGUCAAGGAGACGACAAACUGCCUUUUUCACAGUCCUUUUUAUCCAACGAGGAACGCGCACGGUACCAAGCCUACAGUGGGGCCAUUCCACUGGAGAGACAUGCCUUCAAACCGACCUCCAUCGUCGACUUUGAGAACGGUAAACCCGUGUUUGCCACGUGGGACUACAGAAUUUUGUGUCACCCGGUGAAUCAAGACAUCCCCACCAGCACUUUCCGUCUUGUUGAUGACUUGAGUAUACGAACCCCAAGGAGAUGGACAAUGGAUCAACUCUCACGGCAAAUGUUAGCUAAUUUCCAACUUAAUCCAUUGAAUCGUCCGUGGAAAGAAAAUUCAGAGUUCGCUGAUUCCGAUUAUGAAUUCCUCGAUCAGCUGAUGUCUCAGGUCCCAGGUCCAAAUAACUACGAUGGAAAGUUGUAUGACGACGCGUUCUCCAAACCCACACACCCAUUCACCGCUACCACCGAUAAAGCAGCAAAGCUGAACACCGCAUUUUACCACAGAUGGGCAAAGGUUUCACAGACCGGAACCGGAAGUCUAAAAGCUCGCCACAGAGGAUUCUCUGACAACACGGUUUUCAUGGCACAAACAUCACAGCCGUCGGUAGCAGGGAUGAAGGUUGAAGAUUGCAACUUUGUUGGAGGGAAAAAAGUAUGUAAAAGUUAUGAACAGCGUUGGUCGUACGCCAUUCCGCUUUUCGUGACCUACCUUAACCCACUGGCUAACUGGAAUCCAUAUGGACUGACUAUACACAUGAAGAGUAGGUGCACAUGUUGUAAAUGUCCCACUAGUGUUUUGCAUUAG